GUGGGUUGGUUGGUGGUGGCCACCGGCGGAAUUGUAGUCGCGUCCCUGCUGGUGCUGCUGGUGGUGGUCCCACAUGGCCCAUGCCUUCGUGCGCAUCCGAGCAAAAUCCGCAUUGAUCGAGUCCAGGGACGCAGAAACUCAUCGCCAUCAUCAACCACCAACCAACCAAAUGGCUCCAAACUCCACGUUCCUCUUCUGCACACCCGCACUCAGCCUGCAGCUCCGCACUCAAUAAAAAGGGACCCGACCCAUCUCCGACCUCGGCAAAACGCGCUCGGACACUUGCGCCGUGUGUCCACGAGUUGACUCAAGGCAGUCCUCGGUAGCCAGAGCCUCCUGCAAUCAUCAUCAUCUCUCUUUGCCCCCCUGAACAUCACCAUCAAAGAUGAUCCGCGCAGGUUGCACCGCAGUUGCCUGGUUUCCCCGCUCCCCCUUCCAGCGCUGCCACCUGCCCGCCGUCUCGCAGCUGUCGCUGGUGCACCAUCAUCAGCUUCACCAUCAUCAGCUUCACCUUCAGCAGCAGCAUCAGCAGUCCCGUGCCAGCUCAUCAUCCUCCAGCGGCAGCAACUACGAUGCCGCUUUCAAGUCGGCCAAGUCUGAGCCGGAGCACUUCUGGGCAGAAGCUGCCAAGGGGGUGACGUGGACCAAGAGCUUCGAUCGGGUGCUGGAUGACUCCAAGAGCCCCUACACGCGCUGGUUCGUGGACGGGCAGUUGAACAUGUGCUACAAUGCACUGGACCGGCACGUGGAGGCUGGCCGCGGAGACCAGGCUGCCAUCAUCCACGACAGCCCCGUCACAGGCAUCGUUCAAACCAUCACAUACCGCCAGGCUCUAAGCGAGGUGUCUCGUCUUGCCAGCGUCCUGGUGAAGAACGGAGUGCAGAAGGGCGACCGUGUGGUCAUCUACAUGCCCAUGAUCCCCCAGGCCAUGUUUGCCAUGCUGGCCUGUGCUCGCAUUGGAGCCAUCCACAGCCUCAUCUUUGGAGGCUUUGCCUCCAAGGAGCUGGCCGUCCGCAUCAACCACGCCAAGCCCAAGAUGGUGCUGAGUGCUUCGUUUGGGAUUGAACCAGGCCGUCAGGUUGCAUACAAGCCGCUCCUGGAGGCAGCGCUUGACAUCGCCACGCACAAGCCUGAGAAAGUCCUUGUCUACAGCCGGCCUGGCAUGGCGCGGGCAUCGCUGGUUCCUGGCCGGGACAUGUGCUGGCAGGAGGAGGUCUCGGCUGCCAAGCCCCACGACUGCGUACCCGUAUCGUCGGACCACCCCCUCUACAUCCUCUACACGUCCGGCACAACUGGAGCCCCCAAGGGCGUUGUGAGGCCUACUGGAGGCCAUGCUGUCAUGUUGAACUGGAGCAUGUCGUCCAUCUAUGGCCUAAAGCCUGGCGAGGUGUGGUGGGCUGCCUCUGACCUGGGCUGGGUGGUGGGACACUCCUACAUCUGCUACGGUCCACUGCUGCACGGGAACACCACCGUUCUGUACGAGGGCAAGCCCGUGGGCACGCCGGACAGCGGAGCCUUCUUCCGCGUGAUCUCGCAGCACAAAGUCGUCUCCAUGUUCACGUCGCCCACAGCGCUGCGCGUCAUCAACCAGCACGACCCGACAGCUUCGCUCGGCCGCCAGUACGACAUAAGCCGGUUCCGCUCGAUGUUUGUUGCCGGUGAGAUCUGCGACAAGGAGACUCUCAACUGGGGAAAGGCUACCUUCAAUGUCCCCUUGCUAGACCACUGGUGGCAGACAGAGACGGGCUCGGCCAUAACGGCCACCUGCGUAGGACUCGGCGGAUCUCUGUACCCGCCAGCAGGGCAGUGUGGAAAAGCCGUGCCGGGAUACGACGUGAAAGUGGUGGACAGCAAUAACCAGGAGUCAAAGAGAGGCAACCUGGGAAACAUUGUCGUCAAGUUGCCCCUGGCGCCUGGUUGCAUGGCCACGCUUUGGGAAAACAACCAGAAGUAUGAAGACACGUACUUCAAGUCAUUCCCCGGAUACUAUGACACGAUGGACGCCGGCAAGAUGGACGAGGAUGGCUACGUGUACGUGAUGGCGCGUGUCGACGAUGUCAUCAACGUGGCUGGUCACAGGCUGUCGUCGGGCGCCAUCGAGGAGGCCAUCCUGCAACACUCGGCGGUGGUGGACUGCGCCGUGGUGGGGCUGGAGGACUCCGUGAAGGGCCUCGUGCCCUUCGCGCUGUGUGUCCUCAAGAGCGGUGUGACCAAGAAGCACGACGAGCUGCUCCGGGAGGUCGUGGACCUCGUGCGUAACAGCGUUGGCCCCGUUGCCGCCUUCCGGCGCGCCAUCUUCGUGCAGCGGCUGCCGCGCACGCGUUCCGGCAAGGUUCCCCGCUCCACCAUCGCCGCGCUGGUCAACCGCAAGCCCUACACGAUCACCUCCACCAUCGAAGAGCCGCUCGUGUUUAAAGAGCUGGAGGAGGCCAUGAAAAAUGUGAAGUGAACGCUGUGAAAUGCCACAAACCAAACCGGGACCUGUGCACUGGGGUCUCGCGUUGUAGAGCAGUCGUAGCCUGUGGAAGGGCAGUUACCUUAGAUUGACACACACACACACGGGCAUUGUAAGUGGCCAAUUUGGUGCUGGGCUACACAACUGAAAUACUUCAUUUUCUGACAGAUGCAAGAGGUAUUCUUUAAACAAACCUAUUUUUUACCCUUUCCUGUAUAUAUAUAUUUUAAACAAUAAGAUACCUAAAGGCAAGCAACGCAUAGAAUACAUUUUUGGUGUCACUACAGUGUAAACAGACAGUGGUUGGCAAAAGGCCUUAUUUGCCUAAAUUAUAAGAAAAGAGAUAACAUUUAACUUUAGAUAAAUUACAUUUAAGUUCGACAAACUCUUUAAAAAAUCAGUUUCCCUAUCUUGGGAGGCAGGUAUUUUGGUCGAAUAAGAUUGCAAUAAGUUAAGUUGUUUUAAAACCAUUGUUGUCUGCAUGGCCUAAAGUGUUAAUACAUAUUGAUACCUCAAAUGCUUUAAAACAAACAUCUUUUGCCAAAUGUAAUGGAUUUACACCCUUUGAACGUGCACUCACACUCGUUUAAAUUAGUCUCAAAGUUUGGUCAUUCUUUAUCCUCGUCUUGUUUGAAUACAUUGCCUUUAGAAACUUCGAGUUUCCAAAUUACAUUCCCAGGCACCUUGCUGACUGUCUUACAACUAGUCAGAGAGCGUGCAAUCAAACACAGCAGCAAAUGUCUGGGAUUAGAUGGUUUAUUUUUUUAAUUCCACAAUAUAUACUAUAGUUUUACAGAGGAUGCUGAUGUAAAACAGGCCAUGUACUCGUACCACUCACCAACAACACUCUGCCUAAAGCCAUUGAAAAUAUAAAUAUUUGCGGUGUACAUUUGAGUAUUGUCAGUGAUCGUUUACCACUUGACAUUGCAGAUAAUGAUACUGCUCUGAAGAGCACGUUGUAUUACAUAUGCACUCACGAGAAAAUCGUGUGCAAGUUUAGAAAAUGCUUUUCGUAGAAUGCACUGAUUGGAAUACCUCUUGAAAGAAGUCUGGAUUACAGGGUCUUCUACUUGCAAGUCAAUUAGCAGCGACAAUUGGUGGCAUCGCUGCUUAUCUGUGUUAAUCGCGAUACAAUUUGACACCCUCUGUGGAGUGUGCAUACAUCAAUGGCCGUGUUUUUUUUAUCCACUGGAUGCAAAUGGUGAUGAAUUGCACAGAGGCCAUUAAUCCACUCGUGUACAAUAACGGUUUUUGACCAACAAAAAUGACGUGACCAAAAUGUAGUCGAUAAAGUGCCUAGGGAAGGUGGAAAUCUGUAAUUUAAUAAUGUAAUGUGAAAACACUUACAUUGUCUUGACAUUCUUCAAUGUUACUGGAAUGUAUCCACUAUUUUCGAUAUUAUACAUAUGAAAACGAGACACUAUACCGCGUUAGAUAUUACACGUUUUUAUCGUACUCUACAAUGCAUUUUAGCCUGCUCUGUGAAAAUGACCCAGACCAAUGAUCACACCAUGCUCUCAUUGUUAUUUACAGGCCAUGCCAAGUAACCAAACAUGUAUUUAAAAAUAUAUGCAAGACAGUCAUGGAAUGAUGUUGACAAUACAAAUUUGCACAGUUAAAAUCGCCAUGUUAUUUAAGGGCAUUACUGAAAUGAAACUGAUUCAUAUGUACAUCUGUGACAAAUAAACAAUGGUGUAUAUCCAACA